AUGGGAGAAGGAACCUUUCGCUUUGGCCUCAAUAAUGCCACUCCAAAACCCGAGUCAUGGGAACCCGAAAAUGUUGCACCCAUUGUGUCUUCUUACAAUGAGCGCAUACGUCCGAUUCUUGAUGCUCUUGAGAACCUGAGGCGCCUCAACAUCACCAAAGAAGGGAUACAACUUCCUACUAUUGUUGUUGUUGGAGACCAAUCUUCUGGCAAGUCCAGUGUCCUAGAAUCUCUAGCUGGAAUAAGCUUACCCCGAGGACAAGGUAUCUGCACAAGGGUACCCUUGGUCAUGAGGCUCCAAAACCACUCACUUCCCAAACCCGAGUUGGUUUUGGAGUAUAAUGUCAAAACCGUGUCAACGGAUGAGGCUCACGUCUCGGAUGCCAUUAGAGUUGCCACAGAUGAGCUUGCUGGGGGUGGGAAAGGAAUUUCCAACACCCCAUUAACUCUUGUGGUGAAGAAGAACGGUGUUCCUGAUCUCACUAUGGUUGAUCUUCCAGGUAUCACUCGCGUGCCUGUUCAUGGUCAACCUGAGGAUAUCUAUGACCAGAUUAAGGAUAUUAUUAUGGAGUAUAUAAGGCCUGAGGAGAGCAUUAUUCUCAAUGUUUUAUCUGCCACUCAUGAUUUCUCUACUUGUGAGUCCAUUAGGAUGUCACAGGGUGUUGACAAAACGGGAGAAAGGACUCUUGCUGUGGUAACAAAAGCAGAUAAGGCCCCAGAGGGGUUGCAUGAGAAGGUAACUGCUGAUGAUGUGAAUAUUGGACUUGGCUACGUGUGUGUCAGAAAUCGCAUUGGGGAUGAGUCCUACGAAGAUGCUCGAGCAGAAGAAGUCAACCUAUUCAGGACUCACUCACUUCUGUCCAAAAUUGACAAGUCCAUUGUGGGGGUUCCGGUUUUGGCACAGAAGUUGGUUCAACUUCAAGCGGCUAGUAUUUCCAAAAUACUGCCUGAAAUUGUUAAGAAGGUCAAUGACAAACUCGGUUCUCAGCUUUCUGAGCUGGACAAAUUGCCCAAGAACCUUACUUCUGUGGCUGAUGCAAUAUCUGCAUUCAUGCAUAUCAUUGGGUUGGCAAAAGAGUCCCUGAGGAAGAUUCUUCUCAGAGGAGAAUUUGAAGAGUACCUCGAUGACAAGCACAUGCAUUGCACUGCUCGCCUUGUUGAUAUGUUGGAUCAGUACUCAAAUGAUCUUCACAAGGAUCCUGAAAGUGAUGAUGGUGAGAAGUUUUUGAUGGGAGAGAUAAAGGUGCUAGAAGAAGCCAAGUGGAUUGGCCUCCCUAACUUCAUGCCACGCAAUGCUUUUCUAACUCUCUUACAGAAUAAAGUGAAAGCAAUUUCAAGCAUGCCAACUGAGUUCACUGACAAGGUGUGGGACUAUCUUGAGGAAGUGGUGGUUGCUGUUCUGAGGCGUCACUCGGAACACUACCACCAACUGCAGACAUGUACAAAACGAGCAGGGCAGAACCUUAUUGCUAAGAUGAAGGAGAAUUCUAUGAAAUAUGUGAUGGAGGUUGUGGAAAUGGAGAAAUUAACUGAUUACACUUGCAAUCCUGAAUACAUGAGUGAGUAUAAUCAGCUAAUGGCUGACCAGGAAGCAUUCAUCAAGACUGUUAAGAUUGGGUCAUAUUGUACGGAACUUCUGGAUGGUUUUGGGGAAAUUCAGGUUAGUCAUCUGAGACAGUACCUAACUUUACUUCCGCAAGCGUUUGACUUGAAAAUGAGACUAACAGCAUACUGGAAGAUUGUACUUCGGAGGCUGAUUGACAGCACUGCCCUGCAUCUUCAAUUCAGCAUUUUCAACCUUGUGAACAAGGAUCUGGGAGAUGAGAUUGUGAAAGAGAUGAUGUCUCCAUAUGGCGGUGGAAUUGAGAGGUUGUUGGAGGAAACUCCAUCAGUUUCCCAGAAGCGUGAGAAGCUCAAUAGGAGCAUUAAAGUUCUCAGAGAAAGCAAAGAAGUCGUGGCUAACAUAAUGGACAAAAUUUCUAGCUAUGAUGAUUAG